CCGCCCACUCUGCCUAGGAAGAGGUUGGUCUUUGGGGGAACAACAUGGCGGCGGCGGCGGCGGCGGCGGCAUUGAGAAGCGUGAAGGGAAUGGUCUGCUUGGUGACUGGUGGAGCUUCAGGACUGGGCCGGGCCACAGCAGAGCGGAUGGUGCAACAGGGAGGCAGUGCUGUGCUGGUGGACCUGCCUAAGUCUGAUGGGGAAAACGUGGCCAAGUCACUGGGAGAGAGAUGCAUCUUUGCGCCUGCUGAUGUAACAUCAGAGUCAGAUGUGAAGGCUGCCCUGGCCCAGGCUCAGGAGAAGUUUGGACGUGUGGAUGUAGCAGUGAAUUGUGCUGGGAUUGCAGUGGCUGUCAAAACGUAUAAUAUGAAGAAGGGAAUUGCUCACAAGUUGGAGGACUUCCAGAGAGUUCUUAAUGUGAAUGUUGCGGGAACCUUUAAUGUAAUUCGUCUGACUGCAGGCGUGAUGGGGCAGAACGAGCCCAGCUCAGACGGACACAGAGGGGUGAUCAUCAACACUGCCAGCGUGGCUGCCUUUGAGGGACAGGUUGGCCAGGCUGCCUAUUCUGCUUCCAAAGGAGGCAUUGUGGCAAUGACGCUGCCCAUUGCCCGAGAUCUUGCCCCCAUGGGGAUCAGAGUCGUUACCAUUGCACCAGGCCUCUUUGCAACACCUUUGCUGGCAUCGCUUCCCGAGAAAGUGCAGACAUUCCUGGCACGGCAGGUGCCCUUCCCCAGUCGCCUCGGUGCUCCAGGGGAAUACGCCCAUUUGGUGCAGUGCAUAGUGGAGAAUCCCAUGCUUAACGGCGAGGUGAUCCGGCUUGAUGGAGCUAUCCGAAUGCAGCCCUGAGCUGUAGUGCAGACCUAGGAGAGCAAGAGGGCUUGCCCUCCCUGUUGUUAUCCGGAGUGUUUGCUCCCACUGGGCCAUCAUCAUAGUCCUUUGAACCUGCUGGUGGUUCCAGCUGCCUAGGGCAAGGUCCCCUACUGGGAUCCGGGCCAGCAAAGCAAAUGACUGCUAUCUGGAUUUUAAUAAAUGAAUACUUGCAGAUAUGA